UCCUGCACCCGCUAUCGCCGACAUCAAGAAGUUUUGUUGUUGGUGUUCACGCACGGCCAUGGCCCCUAGUCCGGCUGGCCAAUUCGGAACCGAGGAACAGCAACAGCAGCAAGAAUACCGUGGCCUGAGCACUCCGAUUGCACUACAGCGACUGCACGAUGACAUCGAGGGAAUGCUGGCCGGGUACGAGGAUCGUUUCGCACGGUUAUCGUGCUGGGAGAAGAUUGGUUCCACGUUCACCGGCACCUCGACCAGCCCGCUCGGUUGGUUCCCGACGGUCGUGACCGGGCUGUGCGUAUUGUCGCUCGUGGCCACCGCCCACUACUGGUCGGGUGGUCUGCUGGCGGUGCUACUCCUGUUAACCCUGGCCGUCGUCGUCCGGGAGAACAAUCUCCGCAGGACGGAGAUCUACCGCAAGGUGCGCACGGUACUGCGCGAGAUCCGGCUCGGGAUCGAGCUGAGCACCGACUGGACACCGGACAACUACCCGCACUUGUGUAGCCCACUGUCACCGUGCGUUACGCUGCAGUGGACGUAUCGGGACGGUCGCAUCGUUAACCUACCGUGGGCGCUGCUCGUGCGCGGUGACCAUAUCGUAAUGCGACCUGGUCAGGUCGCACCCGGCACCUGCCACGAGGUAUCUCCCGGUAAACGUCGGUUUCGCUGCGGCGAAACGUACGGGCUGCAGCAAUCGACCGAGCCACCGCCCCGGCCGAUUGCCCGAUCGCCACUGCCGGACCUGGACUGUAUGGUCGAAACCACACCUUACCUCGACAUACUGCGCACCUCACUCGAUUGUUUCCUGAAUCGACCGGAAACGAUAAUAAACCAGCAGCGGGAGCUACUGAUUACGCGCUGUAUGCAGCAGUGGGGCUUCGGCUGUAUCCUGCUGCUCACCGUCACCGUUGGAGUGCUGCGCUGCGGUGGGCUCUACUUUCACGGUAAGCUGGCGACCGACUGGCUGAACGUACUGGUGCUCAAUCCGACGGCUGCCGUGCUGCCCAUCCUACCGCUCGUCUUUCCGCUGCUUUGGGUCUCAAUUAAUCUGUGGGGGGUGGCGCGACUCGAGACGCUCCUCGCAACGCCACACGCAGUCAUGCGUGCCCAGGCGCAGAAGUCAUUCCAGGAGGAUCUCGACACACCGACCGGCGAUCUCGAUCACGUUCAGUUGCCGCGCCAGGCCGUGCUGCACUACUGGUGGAAGCUGGUAAAGGGUCGCUCGCAGCUACUCGGGCGCAGCGCUAACGUCGUCCAGGUGCUCGGCACCAUUACGGCACUGUGCUGCGUCGAUAAAAAGGGUAUUCUAUCGUGGCCAAAUCCGACGGCGGAGAAGGUGUUCUUCCUGCGCAACGCCAAGGAUAGCGACCAAAACACGGAGCCAUCCGAGCAGAGCAGCCUCAACUCGCAGAGCUCCCAAAAAGAACCAAGCGGUGCAAUAGCGGAGGUAUUGGACCUCACUCACGAUCAGCACAGUCCGUUUCGGCUGGAAUUCGACGAUCACGACUUCAAGAACCACCUAACGUCGCUGAAACCGCUAGGGAUCGCCAUCCUGGUCAACACAUGCUGCCCCCUGACGCAAGCACACUACGCCAAGUUUUGCGGUCACGUGACGGCCGUGGCCAUGCUCGACAAGGACCUGGUGCCGGUCACCAAUCGGUAUGCGAUUGUUGAGUCGAGUUUGAAUUGCUUUAUGCAUGGCCGUUGUCUUUGCGAAUUGGCCAAACAGAUUGGCUUUUCGCCGCAAGCGCGCGACAUUUUUCAGCUCGAGGGCCAAAUUUCCAGCUAUCGACACCUGCAACCGGAUGUGGUACGGCGCGACAUCCGGUUCGCCAGAUCGCUGCAGCUGGCAACGAAGGUGAAGGUGCCGUUCCCGCACUCACUGUCGGUGGUGAUGCGCGAGAUCAACAACGGGUCACUGCAGUUGUUGACCCAGGGCACGGCUGACAUCGUACUGGACUGUUGCGAUGACUACUGGGACGGGCACGAUCUGCAGCCACUGACCGAGAAGGAGCGCAAGCGAGCACAGGACUUUUACCAGCGGUCUGCCCUCACCGCCUACUGUACCGCCUUCGCCUACCGACCGCUGCGCCACGGUAUUAGCGGGGCACUGUCCGGUGGGCCGCAGGGGAAUGUCGCCUAUCUGGAGCUGCCACCGGAGAGCAAGCACAGGCGGGAUCUGUACCAGACGCGCGACCGUUGCAGCGGGCUGGUCGAGGGAAUCGCGACAACUGUGCCCCCCGCUGUGACCGCUUGCUGUGCCGAUCAGGUGCUGCUGCCGAUCAACGACGAAGAAGGUCGGGCUAGUAUGUCCAUCGUGAGCACUGGUGCUGGUCCUCGCACCGGUCCCGGAGCGGCAGAGAUGUUCCAUCCGACGGUACCAUCGCUUGUACCGGGACUGACAAGUCACCAUUCCAUCUCCACCGACUCGCUACUGUUCAACGAUUCCCGGGAUGACGAUAUCUCGGACGUGGAGGGUUGCUAUCGAAUGCAGAGCCACCAGGUGUUCAUCGGCAUGGUGACGAUGCAGUACCAGGCGCAGACCGAUAUCGUGCAGUUGAUCGAGCGGCUCGAACGGGCCUGCAUCCGAUUCGUGCACUUCAGCAAGGAGAACGAGCUCCGUUCGCGCGUCUUCUCCGAGAAGAUGGGACUCGAGAGUGGCUGGAACUGCCACAUCUCGCUGCUGAGCGAUGGUGGCGAUACGAGGGCCUCCUCGCCGACCAAACAGCAUCCGUCUGCGGCUGCGACUGCGGCUGCCGCUACAACUACGGCAGCGCCUGCACCAGCCCAGCCUCCUAUGCGCAGUCCCACCAUGGCUCCGCUGUUCGAUGAUCAUAGCAAUGGCGGUAUGGCGGGCAGUCGGCUGCUGAGUUCGUCGGCCCCGGGUGCGAUCUCACAUUCGAGCAGCCUCGUAGGCCCGUCCAGCGUUCGCCUCCAUCAACCGAACCUCAUGGGCAACAGUAACAGCAACAGCAACAGCAACAGCAACAGCAACAGUAACAGCAACAGCAACAGCAACAGCAUCAGCAGGAGAAGCAGCUGCAGAAGCAACGCCAGUGUGCACGAUGGUUCCCAGGAACUGAUGUCGGUGGUGCGCCACCCGUCGGCUGAUUCGGCUAUCGAUGGGGGCGGUGACCAUGGCGGUGAUGGGAUGGUGGGUCGGAUCGGAGGGGUCAGUGGAGGACUGAGUGCGAACGGCCAUUCGCGAUCGCUCAGCUGCCUGAGCGACAGCACCGAGCAGAGCGCACCGAUCAACUUCGACAUGUCGAACCGUGCCAAGCUGCCGCGCGGCAUCGAGAACAUUCGGCCGCACCUGGAGAGUGUGGACAACGUGCCGCUGCUGGUGUCCCUGUUUACCGACUGCUCAGCCGAGGCGACCCGCGAAAUGCUCAACAUCAUGCAACAGUACGGUGAGAUUGUGGUCUGUCUCGGCUCGUCCGCCUCGAACUCCAACUCGGAGAUCUUCCUGCAGGGUGACUGUUCGAUCGCGGUCGAACCACUGUACCCGCAGGUGUGCCAGGAAUACCCCUCCUACAGUGAGGCCAACAUCUACGGUAACCGGUCGCGGGUGGCGGGAGACUACUACAGCACCGGUUACACCACAACCAAUACGACCGUGUCGCCGGUUUACCUCAGCCGCCUGCUGAAUGCGGUCCCGUGUUCGAUCGCUACCUGCCGGGACGAUCCGAUUUCGAUCGUAGCGGUAAUCGAGCUGUCGCGCCGCUUCAUGGCUGGACUGUGGAGCUGCGUGCAGUACUGGGCGUGCUGCGGGGCUUCGCUCGCCAUCAUGAACACGGUGACGGCGGGGCUGUCGCUGCCACCGAUGAUCAUGCCGCUGCACGCCCUCUACCUGAUGUGCGUCGCAGUGCCACUGGUCGCCCUGACGCUGCUCCGCGUCGAACCAGAUCCAGCCUUGAUGAAGCGGGCAACCGGGAAGAAGCAGCGUACGCUCCACUCGCGUCUCGUCCUGUUUGUGCUCUGGUGCUACGGGAUCAAGUUCGCGUUCGCCAUUACCUUCCUUGUCUUCGCCUACUGUACCUGCCUGUCAUAUCCGGUUCGGGUGUUCCCGCUCGAGAACCGGCAACCGCAGGCGGCCGCAGCGAGCGUGCCGGGUCGGCUGGAGCAGUCCGAUCACGGUGAUCUGCACGUCGCCCGUUCCCUCAUCCUGUUCGGCACCGUGCUCCACUUUGUCGUCAUCUCCGCGACGUUCGUCCACCGGGACUACAACUGCAUCCGGCGCAGCCCGUUCACCAACCUUUGCUGGGUAACGGUUGUGGCUGGGCUGCUGCUCUUCCACCUUGCCCUGCUCGUGCUGCAGAUCACCUGCGAUCCGUACUUCUGGCAGCAGAUGGAGCACCACUGGGUGGUCCCUGUGUACAUUCUUAUCAUGACGAUCUUCACCUUCGGCGCCAGUGAGUUCUUCAAAUGGGAAGAGAACAAGGUGAACAACCGCUACAUCCGCCGGGCAAGGCUAGAUUUUGGCACCAAGCUUGGUAUGAACUCACCGUUCUAAGGCGCCAUGCCACAGGGUCCCCGACAGGAACCCUGAAACCCCCCUCCCCCCCCCCCCCCCCCC